AUGUUUUUUUUUUCAUUUGAUGAAGAACAAAAAAUCCGAGAAGGUUAUUGUUUAGCUGACAUGUUCAAUAUUUUCGUCAUGGGAAAUCUGCUCUCUUGUGCUAACAUUCGAUUAGGAACACGAAUAAGUGAACCAAUCGAAAAGCGUAUCCCGGUUCAUCAUAAAUGUCGGAAUUGUGGUCGAAAAUGUGAUCCGUCAAGUCCUUCAAAUGAAUGUGUUCAUGCGAAAUAUACUCGAACUGGUACAAAAGAACAGCCAGCAAUAAUUCGAUCAAUCGUUCCUGACGACAGAGUGUCGUGGUCGACGCCACUUGACUAUAGUCCAAUUGAAUUUACGUCAGAAAAAGUUCUCAAAUCAACCAAAGAAUAUGUCGAUCGCGAUCCUCGAAAUGAUCCCAAUGUUGUCAUUCCAUGGAAUCAAGAUGAUCGCCUUUGCGAUCGACGAUCGUAUCACGGCAAAUAUGAAGUUGUUCGGGGUGUGCCAAAGAAUCCAUGCGGACGAACAGGACUUACUGGACGAGGACAUCUAGGUCAUUUUGGCCCGAAUCAUGCAGCUGAUCCUAUAGUAACACGGUGGAAACGUGAUCAAAAUAACGCGAGAGUUCGUCAUCCGACUAGCGGGCAACCGAUUUUGCAAUUCGUUUGUAUUCGUCGCAAGGAUACGAAUGAAUUCGCUAUUCCGGGCGGAAUGGUUGAAAAGAAAGAAAGAGCAACGGACACAUUGAGACGAGAAUUUCAUGAAGAAGUUCUGAAUUUUCCAGAUUUAGAUGAAAAUGAACGAGACACCUUAAUGACAACAAUAAAGAACAUCUUUGAAAAUGGUGGAACAAGAAUUUACUGUGGUUAUGUCGAUGAUCCAAGGAAUACUGAUAAUAGUUGGAUGGAAACGACAGUUUACAAUUUUCAUGAUGAAGAAGCGAAACAUCUUGCUUUGAUCAAUGUAAAUGCUGGUAGUGAUGCUACAGACGCAUUCUGGGAAGAUUUAGACUCGAAAAUGCCGCUAUUUGCAAGUCAUGCGGAUUUCCUUCGACGCGUUGCUGCUCUACACAACUCACAUUGGUAG